AUGGCGAUCUCUGUCAUAAAAGCUGAGUUCAUCUCAUUGUUUCUCCAAACUUUUAUGUAUGGUGAGUGCUACUCACUUUACCAUGUUGUCCCGCUAUUGAUCGCUCUCUUAGGUAUAUUUUUUCCGUUAUGCGUGAUUACAAUCAUCCUCCUUCUCCGUGUACGCCAAGGCACAAACACCGAGCGUACGCUGCUCCCUGUUGCAGUUCUCAUGCUCGUCAUAGCUACCACACAUAUAAUCAUAGACUUCGUUCGAGCAUUCAACGCCUAUGUACUUCACCCAGAUGAAGGCCCAAAGAGCGUCGCAUUAUACUACAGCAAUUUUGCUGAUCCGACUUUCGUCGUCAAAACUACGUUAUACUGGAUUCAGACAAUGCUCGGGGACAGCGUCAUCAUAUGGCGGUGCUAUGUUGUUUACGACAGACAUUAUAGAGUCGUCCUCCUCCCAUCAACUCUUUUUGCUGCUGCAUUUGCAUUUGGAGUCAUCAUCCUACGAACGUUCACUCAUUUCGUCCGAGGAGCUACGGUGUAUGAGACUGCACAUAAGUUCAUCACUACUUUCUUCGUCCUGACGAUGGUCAUCAACAUCUACUGCACUUCUCUAAUUUCUUGGCGAAUCUACUCUACGGGUCGAUUUCUUCCCGCAUUUGGGAACCUGGUACCCGUCAUCGUAGUUAUCAUAGAAAGCGGUGCAAUCUACACUUCUAAUCUUAUCAUUUUCCUGUCAGCAUUCUUGAGUCACUCCAACGGCCAAACCAUCCCUCUCGAUCUGAUAACACCGGUAGUGGGUAUAGUGUUCUGUCUGAUCAUCCUUCAAGUGAGGUAUCACUUCGGCAUGCGGUCAGGCAACAGAUCGAGUGGCAGACAAAUCAGGAAUCAUACUGAGAGGUCGUUCUCAGAAGAUCCAAAUAUAGAACUAGGGCUGGCAGGAAAGGGGGUAGUGUCGAACGAUCCCGUGUGA